UGUUUUAGUUUGUGGUGGUGUAAGUAAACUAGUAAAAAGAGUACAAAUGUUGUGGCAAGAAAAGGAAACAUGUUUUAUGGUAAUGGUAGUACUGAUGCUGAUCUCCUCAGCAUUUUGUCUUGAGAUAGCUCCUCAGGGUAAAUCAGUUCAGUUUGGUAGACUUCUUAUUGGUUCUAGCAAGACUACAAAUGAAACCAAGGAUGGUGUUGUCAAGAAGGUGUAUGAUGAAUACGCUGGAGACACCAAUGGCUAUCAAUCUGAUCAGCCUGAGUUGACUGAAGGGUCCCAACUGGCCAAGUUAAUAUUCAGGCGCUGGAAUCCCUCAGUGCAGUGUGAGAAGGAUUCAAUGACCCUGCGUAUUCAGGGACGUCGAGUACCCAACUUCUUGAUUGAGACAAGUGAAAGGGGCCCAGUACCACUAUCACUAAUGCCUUCCCACUGUGGCUUUUCUGUGAAGAGGGCCCGCAGAGAUGUUGCGCUCGUUGCCAACUAUGAUGGCUGUAAUGUUGCACAGCAGGGGAAUACCUACAUCCUGCCACUGCGUGUUUUGGGAGUUGCGGUGAAGAUGGCCUGUCCCGUGACUCGUCCUCUCACUACGGUCUCCUGUAGUCCUUCAGCUAUGGUUGCCUAUCUUGGCCAGUCUACAGAUGCUGUCAGGCUGAAGGUGAAUGGUGUGUGGCAACCGGUGUACCAAGCUUCCACUACAUGUGGAUUUACCUUGGAAGUUGUGGGAGGUGGACUGACUCUCACUGCACCAUAUACAAGCAACUGCUGGAAGUUUGAGGGUGCCGAGAUGCUUUUGUCUGUGCAAUACAUGGAUGGGGAGGUGACCUUGUCCUGUUCAGCUGUUCAGACCCCAGCUACAACUGCUUUACCUGCUGACAUGCAGCCUGGAACUCUCUCAGAUGCCUCCCUGACUACUACAGAUGCACCAGCCACUGAUCAACAGCUUUUGUAUUCUUGGUUACCUGGAAUGUAUUAUCCUUACGGCAUGCCAUGGUAUUUCCAAUAUAGCCAGCCUGGAUCUCCCCCAGUUACCCAUACUACAACAGCGCCAACUACUCCAGCUACCACAGUUGCUCCAGCCAGUGCUCAUCAGCUUUUGUAUUCUUGGUUACCUGGAAUGUAUUAUCCUUAUGGCAUGCCAUGGUAUUUCCACUAUAGCCAGCCUGGAUCUCCUUUAGUUACCCCCACAACCCCAACAACUACCCCAGCUACCACAGUUGCACCCAGCCAUUCUGAUCAACUGCUUUUGUAUCCUUGGUUUCCUGGAAUGCAUAAUCAUUAUGUUACUAUGGCUUCCCCUGGUGUCCCAGCAUCUGGCCCCAAUAGUGGGGAUAAAUUGCAGAUGUACCAGAGGCCCUGGGUGAAUGCCUUUCCUAAUUACUUCACUUUAAAUCAAAAGCCAGGCUCCCUAAUGGUUAACCCAUCCAAAGGUGUGUCAUAUCCUGCCCAUUUUUCUCCACUACAGGUUAAAGCAGGUCCAGGAAAAUGAGCAACUCUUGACUCUGGUUCACAAAUGAAGGUGGUGAAACAAUAAAGAAAAAUCUAAAUGG